AUGAACUGGAUUCUGCACCUGAGCGUCAUCCUCUGCCUAAUGGGGCUCACGGCUCUGGGGAAGUUGCACGUCAAGAAUCCUCUGGUGGCUACUAAAUAUGGGAUCCUCCAAGGAAAGCAGGUGCAUGUCCGGAAGACGCCCAUCAAUGUCUUCCUGGGAAUCCCCUUCGCCAAGCCUCCUGUGGGCGCCCGCAGGUUUGCUGCCCCUGAGCCGCCAGAGCCAUGGGAAGGAAUCAGAGCUGCCACCAGCCACGGCCCUUCGUGCCUUCAGGAGCCCUGGGGACAAUUGAAUUCCAUAUACCUCCACACGGGCAAACACUACACGUGGAUGCACUUCAGCGAGGACUGCCUGUACCUGAACGUGUACGGGCCGGCGCGCGCGCCCGGGGAUCCCCUUCUGCCGGUGAUGGUUUGGAUCCCAGGAGGCGCCUUCCUCGUGGGCUCCGCUUCCACGUACGAUGGCUCGGAGCUGGCAGCCCGCGAGAAAGUGGUACUGGUGGUUCUGCAGCACAGAGUAGGCAUCCUGGGAUUCCUAAGCACCGGCGACAGCCAUGCCCGGGGGAACUGGGGGCUGCUGGACCAGAUUUUGGCUCUGAGCUGGGUGCAGAAGAACAUCAGAGCCUUCGGCGGAGACCCAGGCCUCGUGACCCUCUUUGGUCAGUCUUCUGGGGCUGCAUGCGUCUCGGGACUGAUGCUGUCCCCCCUAGCCCGGGGUCUCUUCCACCGGGCCAUUUCACAGAGUGGCACUGCACUCUUCAGCCUCUUCAUCACUCCUGACCCGCUCCAAGUGGCCAAGAAAAUUGCUCACCAGGCAGGCUGCCAACACAACAGCACACGGAGUCUGGUGGACUGCCUGCGGGCACUACCGGCAUCUGAGCUCAUGCGCGUGUCCAGGAAGAUGAAAUUCUUCCACCUCAACUCCCAGAAGGACCCUCAGGAGAUGGUAUGGUUCCUGAGCUCCGUAGUGGACGGCGUGGUAUUCCCAGACAACCCCAUGGUCUCCCUGAGCCGGGGCCAGGUCGCACCUGUGCCAUACCUUCUGGGCAUCAACAGCUUGGAGUUCAACUGGGCCCUGCCCGCCCUCCUGAAGAUCUCAAUGAACCGCCACUCAAUGAGAAAGGAGGCCAUCACCAAGAUGCUCUGGAGAACCAGCACCCUGAUGAAUAUCACUAAGGAGCAGUUGCCACUCGUGGUGGAGGAGUACCUGGGCCAGAUCGACGACCAAGACUGGAAGAUGGUACGGAAUCAAGUGAUAGAGCUGGUUGGGGACGCGACCUUUUUGUAUUCCACGCUGCGGGCUGCUCGCUACCACCGCGACGCCGGCUUCCCUGUCUACCUAUAUGAGUUUCGGCACCGGGCUCCUGACUUCUUCAUUCCCAAACCGCGCAUGGACGGGGCUGACCACGGGGACGAGAUCCACUUCGUCUUUGGGAGUCCUUUCUCCAAAGGCCAUUCCACUGGUGAGGAGAGAUUGCUGAGCCUCCGGAUGAUGAAAUACUGGGCCAACUUUGCCCGCACAGGAAAUCCCAAUGGUGAGAAGCUGCCCUGCUGGCCCCGCUACAACCAGGAUGAGAAGUACCUGCAGCUGGAUUUCACCGUGAGCGUGGGCGUGAAGCUCAAGGAGGAGAAGAUGGCCUUUUGGUCGAGACUGCGCCAGGCUGAGGGCCCAAGAAGUAGAAGCAUCCCUGAGGAUGACAAUGCAGGGGCCUAA